AUGGGGGUAUCAAGUGAUAAUUCCGGACAAUCGAAAGGGAGCAACUUUCUUCGUUCAAUGGCACCUCUGCCCCUUUUUUUAGGCAGGAGCAAUGGCAAUUCAAACGAAAGGAAACUUUCAUCUAAAGAAAAGAAAUACAAAGCUAAUAUAGAAAGGGCACUUGCAUCAUUUGAUUCUGUUGAAGAGUGGGCGGAUUAUAUAUCAUUUUUAGGGAAAUUGCAAAGAGCAUUACAGACGAAUCCGGACCGUAAAAAUAAUCACUGGAUACCACAUGAAUUUGAUGUUUCUGGACUUUUGGCCCAGUGCAUUUCCCCAAAUCUACCAGGUGGGGUUCAUUUGAAGGCAAUUGAAGUUUACACAGACAUAUUUGACAUUUUGGGCCCAACUGAACUAAGUAAACGUACUCAGAUAUGGAUUCCAGGUAUUCUUCCUCUCAUGGCUUAUGCUAGCAUUAAUGUUAAACCAUCAGUUUUGAAAAUUUACAAGGAGUACCUAGGGAAAAUAGAAGCUGAAAGCCUUCGAAUUUCCUUUAAGCCCAUAUUACUGAGCCUUUUACCCGCAUUGGACGAUGUUACUUCGGAAUUUUUCAGCUCCAUUAUGAAUCUUAUCGAUAUGUUUAGGACCAAUCUUAAUAAUGAUACUCAUUUCUGGCAGUGCAUGUUUCUAUGCAUCAUUACAUCUUCUGAUAAAAGAGGGGGUGCCAUGCAGUAUUGCCAAAGGAAGUUGCCAAAUUUCACGACUCCGAAAGUGGUCGACAAAACAGGUGAAAAGCACACAGAUAAGAAUUCUGUCCUUGAUCAUCUAUCACAGGAGAUUAAGGACUGUGUUACUCCAGAGGCUGGAUUAUUGUUCAGAGCAUUUGCAUCUGGACUUCUGGACACAAAUGUAUUGGUUCAAAGAGGAUUUUUCGAUAUUUUACUUUCUAAAAUGCCGCUAAACUCUCCGGUAUUGCAAAAUAUCGCCAGCGAGAAGGACAGAGAACUCUUAAUAAUGAGCGUUGCCAAUACUGCCUUGAGAAAAGAUAUGUCUUUGAACCGUCGGUUAUGGAAUUGGCUUUUAGGCGGUGAAGAAUCUGCAAUUGGCAUGUCACUAACUUCAGGAAGCUCUGAACAUCAAGGAAACGAUGUGUCAAUAUCGAGAUCGCAGUAUUUUCACAAGUUCGGGUACAAAUACUUUUUGCACUCUAUUAUUUCUCUAAUUGAGGGUACUUCAUCGUCGGAACCGAAGUAUCUUCAAGUUAUUGAAGCUUGCCAGAUUUGUGUAGCCAUCAUGGAUAGAUGGGAAAUUGGACAGCGGACAAUUUAUGAGGUAUUUGUCCCUAUAAUACGAGCAGUUGCAAAAGGUGAGAAGUCUCUUGAUGCCGAUAAAUUCGGCCGACUUCUAAGAGCGGCAAGUGCAUUUUUUGAUGGCAUUGACUCAGAGACAAUCUGGUAUCAUCUAUAUGAGUUGAUCAAGAAGGGAGAGAUUGAUCUAGUUUACUUUACUGUGCAAAACUUUCACAUAAACGAUGAGGAUAUGCUUAUGAAUCACAUUCCAUACGCGGCAUUGGCCAUCUUAUGCUACAUGCCAAACGAAUUCGAGUAUAAAUGGAUUCGUUUAUACGAAGAAUUGCUUUCUCUGUUGAGUUUUAGCGCUAUUUCUAUGGAACAAUCGGGCAAAAGCGAAUAUUUUGAAUAUACCAAUAAAUGCUCUGAACCUGAUUUCAAAAAAGGUAUAAUCAAGAAAAUUGACAACUAUUACGAGCCAUUCAAGGAAAAUAAAGGAGAGUCGGCGAACUUAGAAAAUGACUUGGGAGGCGAGGACAAUCCAUCGCAAUUUUCUCCAUUAGAUUUUACUUGCCUUUACUUGUCAUUCAUAGAAAAUAAAGCUUCAAUAUCUGUAAAAGAGAGGAACUCCGCUGCAUUUUACGCAUUUUGCGAAGCUUUAAAUCAGUUAACACAGAAAAUUUCAAUUGAUGCUCUUGGUUGGAAAGAUCAGACACUACUUCAAUCGAUUGAAAAGAUCGAUGUCGAAAGUUUUGCUAUUGACGAUGCACCUACGGCUUUUGGCUGUGCUUUGGUCUUUGAAUAUGUGACAAAAUCUCUCAGUACUAUUCAUAUAAUCGAGACUUUGAAAGUUGUUGUUACACUUUUAUGGAAGUGCCUAAUUCAUUUCAGCGGAAAGUAUCAAGUUGAAGCGGCAAAGAACUUGUGGAGUCUUCGGGAAAGUGUUAAACCCAAAUAUAUUGAAGCGUGCCUUUCUAAACUAUUCCUGGCCAGCGAUACCGUUUCGAGAAUUAGAACAUUUAACAUUUUAUGGACACAGUCGACACUUUUGAAUGGAAUGGAUUCUAUAUUAGUUCGACCUCUUCACAUAAUAUUGGACGAUUUGAAGAGUGACAGCCAUACGGACAAUGCUUUUAUUGUGAAUUGGUUACGCGCAUCAAUGCUUUCAGGAACGCUCAACCGAAUCUUUAAGAUUUGCUGCAAGGGACUUUUGACAGACUACAAUUUUAUUUUGGAUGGCGAGUUUGCUAACAAUGAGAGUGACGAUUUUGGAAUAUUUAAGUAUGACCUCAACACCUUGUACAAUCUUCUUACCGCUUCCGAAAAGGGUGUUCUUUUAGCAUUCAAGUCAGAACUAUGCGUAAUAGAUACCGAUUUAGAGAUGAAGACCAUCACUGCUAACAACUGGAAUAUCUCUACUUACAAAUCAUUGGUCUUAACUGUAAUUCAAAGAUUCCUUUCCAUUAAGCCACCAACAAAUCUUGACAACGAGAACUUCCAGCUCUACUGUUCUUGUGUGCAACUAUGCUUAAGCUUAAUUAAAUUGUUGGUUGAUGGAUCAGAGAAGAAUUUUGAAGCCAUAUUCAACUUACUUGUACAUACCUCCGAGACCGAAGUGAAAGAAGAUAGAAAUCAUAUUUUGAAUGCAUAUACAUUGGAGACAAUUGUGGAUCUGAUGAAGCUUUCGAGCAAAAAGCAGUUAGAAGUGUCGAUAUUUGAAACUUCUGAGGACUCAAGUAAGGGUAGUCGGUUUUUGGAAUUCAUUGAAAAUGGAAUUUCCAAGUCUGUUUCUCCUGAUCAAAUCCACUCUUGGCUUAAUUUAAUUCUACAGACGUCAGACUACUUUUCUGAGUUGGUUUUCACCGUUAUUUCAGGGCUCACAACUUGCAUUAUUAACAAAAUACAGGAGCAAUUCAAAACAUUCAGCUCAGAGGAGCAAAUCGAAGCUGGAACAGACCGUAAUGCAUUAAUUGACACGGAUGAUGACAUUUGUGAGCUGGUCAACGGGCUCCAGGAGAUUCUUCAAAAGUCUCACAGGUAUCUCGGGUACUUAACAUCAGGCAAUUUUGUUUAUGGAAAUGCGAACAACACGGAAAAUAGCAACAAGGAUCCAGGAUUCUUUGGGUCAAUGAUACAGGGUGUAUUUCAGGUUGAAGAGCCAACAUACAAAGACGAGCUUUACAGAAGAAGGGUCCUCUUAUUGAAGUCAUUAAAGAAGUCGGUUGAGAUUGUUUAUCAUGUGUGGUCCUGGACGGAUGAAGAUAAAAACUCUGAUGAAGAGACACAAACGGCAAUAUCUUCGAUGUCUGUUCGGUCAAACACAUAUCGUGCAUCAAAGUUAAGAUUUAGGUGUAAGAAGUUUCUCGUCAGUAUGUACUCUGAUGAGCCUUUGGAAACAUUAGAGACGUUGAUUGAUUGCAGAAAAGCGAGUGCAGGUGCUACGAACGAUGCCGAGCGUUCCAUGAAGAUCUUCCAUAUUUUAGAUGGAGAAAAGGAUCAUAAAAUUGUGAAAUACAUAAUAAAUUCAUUGAUGUCGAGAGUUAGUAUAACAAGUCUUGUUGUCGAGGAAAGAGCUUCACUACUUACAACCUUGUCGGAGAAAUCUAUUUUACUAUUUUUCAAACUUUAUAUCAUGACAUUAGGCAAUGAGGUGUUAGAAGAGUCUUGGACACCAAUUUUUCAGUUGCUUAAAGAGGCCAGUUCUGGGUAUGGCGGUUACAAGAAACUCUUUCCGGAUAUUUUAGAGUUUGCUGCCAUAAUUUGCAGUAAGAGAAUCAACUUAUCUUUUGGGGACCAGAAGAAAAUCAAGCGGGAAGUGGACGAUACGUUUUUGAAAAUUCUCAAUACGGUUAUCAGCAAUAAAAUGCUGCUUCAGACUUCGCAAAGCAAUUCAUCUGUAAUUAGUCCAAGUGCUUCUCCAAAGUCGGAAUUAGGCUUUUCUGUGAAAUUUGAAUCCGUAAAAGAGCGUUCCAAACAUCUUCCAUCUUCAAAUAACAAUGCGAAAGAGGAUCUAUGCCCAAUUUUGGCAAAAGUGGUUCCUAUGAUUCCUCAAAUUAUGUCAGAUGAGGAUAAACUGACGACAUGUUUGACAACAAUUGUUUCGAAUGUCGUAGAGCCUUUGGUAAAACCAAAAUCUUCUUUGGAAAAAAUACCUCCAACUUUACUGGAUCUUUUACAAGCCUUGAGCACAACAAAAGAAUCGUUUUCUUUGAAAGCAUGGAAGAGUUUAUGCGUCGACAUUAUUACUGGGGAUCAUUUAUUUUCCUGCAACUGCUGGAAUCUGGAUUCAUGGAAUGCAAUUUUUGCAAAAUGGAUACAGGACGAUCCAGACAAGCUAUUGGAACUUAUUCGAAAACUAUCUGCAUAUGCAGGCACAAAUGCACCUAACAUAUUCAACUGGAAUGACACCGAAUCAAAUGCAGGAAUUAUGGACUUGAAAAGAAUAUGCUACUUGCUCAUGGUUUGUCCAAAAGAUGCAUUCAUCAUGAUGGGACCAAGGCUUCAAAGUCAGAUCUCUGGCUUGCUCCGUUCAACAAAUGCCGCCUCUUUGAAGCCGUAUAUUUAUAUGAUGAUUCGAGUUAUCAUCAUAACGUUUUCAGAAGUUCAUCUUUCCACAUUUUGGCCUACGGUGUAUACAGAACUUGAGGCAACGUUUCAAAAAUUAUUAGAAAAGUUACUGGAAUUGAAGUUUGAUGAUGAUGUUCUUGAAGUGGAGCACGAAAAGCUGGAUUUGUCAGAUUUUGACAACAAUCUCAUCCUUCAAGCAUGUAAGUUGCUAGAUUGCUUGCUUAUUUUGGGACCCGAAGAGUUCCAGCUUGAUGAAUGGCUAUUCAUUAAUGAUAAUGCGGAUGCAGUUUAUGGAAGAGAAGAUUUACCAUUAAUUUCUGUCAUUGAUAAGAUUGCAUCUAUAAAGAGCUUGAAAGUCAUUCAUUCUGGAGAUACAGUCAAGAUUACAUCCGAUAUCAUGGACUCAAAACUGAAAAGACCACUACUUCAAGGUGUGAAGAAGAUUGAUAAGAUAUUUGAGUUAAGACCAUUUUUUGAGCGUCUCAGGGUUUUCAAGUAUGAGAACGACUACGCAAUGAAGGGUGUAAAUACCGAGAGUAUAUGGAAGGAUAUGAUGGAAGAUCUAUUCAAUUAA